CUCUCUCUCUCUCUCUCUCUCUCUCUCUCUAUUUCUCUCUCUCCUCCUCUACUCUCUCCCUUUCUCAGCUCACUUCACUGAGAGACCGAGAGUGGCUCAGGAACGAAGCACCCAGCAGCACGCAGAAUGCAAGGAAUCUGCCCCCCUGUCUCAGACCGCCUGCCCAACUAACAGGAGAGAGGGAGAGGGAAAGGAAAAACAGAGGGACAGAGAGAAAGAAAGAAAGAGAGUGAGAGGAGAGACAGAGAGAGAGAGAGAAGGUGAGAGAGACAAAUAAAAGCAGGAGGACAGGAGAAGAAGAGAAGGAAGACUUUUUUUUCCCCAAGUUUGUGAAACUCACUCUUUCUCUCUCUAACAAGACUCUGCCUGCUGCUGUGUUGCUGGGGAGUUGGCUGCAGGGAGAGUUGAGAGGCUCCUGCUCUACGGUGCUGCUCUUCUCCUCUCUUCUCUUCUCUGCCCUGCUGGUCUUCAGGUGUACCUGUGGUGCCCGGUGCCUAUGCACCCUCCUUCACCUCCUCCUCCUCCUCCUCCUGCUCCUCUCCAUCCCCCAUCCCCUCUUCUCCGCGUGGGUGUGCCGGCUAUGGGGCUGCGAGCGCUGAUGACCUGCUGCCUCUGGUGCCUGCUCUCCCUGGAGCUCCUGGGGGGAGCGCGGGCGGCCGUGCCCCUGGAGGACUUCUACCCCUUCGGGCAGGACGAGGGCGACACGAAGACGGUGUCCCAGGAUGACGGCGGCACGGGACUGCAGGAGAUCUCAGUGGCGUUCCCCUUUUUCGGCGACCGACACACGGGACUCUAUGUUAACAACAACGGGUUGGUGUCAUUUCUCAGGGAGGUGUCUCAGUUCACUCCAGUUGCCUUCCCCAUCGCCGGUGACCGCCGGGUGGUGGCUCCCUUCUGGGCGGAUGUGGAUAACCGGCGCGCCGGGUCGGUCUUCUACCGCGAGAGCAAGGACCCUGCCAUCCUGCAGCGGGCCACUGACGACAUCAGGGGCUACUUCCCUGAGUUCCAAGAGUUCACAAGUUCCUGGGUUCUCAUUGCCACCUGGCAUGAGGUCACCUUCUUUGGAGGAAGUGCUAUUACCCCGGUGAACACGUUCCAGGUGGUCCUUAUCACAGAUGGAGAGCUGUCCUUCACUAUCUUCCAAUACCACAACAUCACCUGGACCACUGGCAUGCACGCCAGCAGUGGGGGUGACCUGGCCGGCCUGGGGGGCAUUGCCGCACAGGCAGGUUUUAACGCCGGCGACGGCAAGCGUUAUUUUAACAUUCCGGGCUCGCGCACCGACGACGUGGUGGAGGUGGAGAGCACCACCAACGUGGGCUACCCCGGCCGCUGGGUGUUCCGCAUCGACGACGCCCACGUGCAGGUGGGCAGCUGCAACGACUCAGCCUCCGUUUGUCCUCACCUUCGCCCGUGUCUGAAUGGCGGACGCUGCAUUGACGACUGCAUCAAGGGGAACCCCUCAUUCACCUGCUCCUGCCUGGCCGGCUUCACAGGACGCCGCUGCCAGAUAGAUGUGGAUGAAUGUGCCUCGUACCCCUGUCAGAACGGAGGCACCUGCGCUGACAGAGUGAAUGGCUUCAUGUGCCUGUGCCAACCUGGAUUCACUGGGCCUCUUUGUGAGAAAGACGUUGAUGAGUGCCAAAGUGAUCCAUGCCUCAACGGAGCCGAGUGUGUGCAAGGUGUGGACAACUUCGUCUGUGUGUGCGCCCCAGGCUACACAGGGCCCCUGUGUGAAACAGACAUAGACGACUGUGAGCCCAUGCCAUGUCUGAAUGGAGGCGAGUGCUCUGACCUGGUGAACAACUAUACCUGCACCUGCACUGCAGGCUUCAUUGGCAGACGCUGUGAGACAGAGCUGGUGGUGGUGGCCCCAACCAAUGCCACAGCGGAGGCUGAAAACCAGACAGCAUCAUGUGAGGCGGAGGGCUGCCGACAGGUGUGUGAGUACGUCAGCCCCGGAAACUUCAACUGCACGUGCAGCCCUGGUUACUACGGCGACAACUGCGAAGAGGAGUGCCUGUGCCAAAACGGAGGUGUGUGUGUGGACAUGAAUGGCACCUGUGAUUGUCCCACGGGCUACACCGGACUCUUCUGUCAGUUUGAGGUGACCCAGACCCCCUGCAGUAACAGUCGCCCCUGCCCCCACGGGGGACCCUGUCUGGAGUAUGGGGGGACCUACCUGUGUACUUGCCAAACUGGAGGGGUGGACUUUGACCACAAGGACUUCUAUCCCUAUGUACAGCCCCAAUCGGCCUGUGACUCGUCGCCGUGUCAGAAUGGGGGCUACUGCUACGAUCAAGAUGGAGGAUACACCUGUGAGUGCAAGCAUGGAUACAGAGGAAAACACUGUGAAAAAGUCAGAUUGAGUGCCUGUGCUUCGUCCCCCUGUCGUAAUGGAGGCUCGUGUACGGACGAUGGGGGGAGCUACCACUGUGUGUGUCCAUUCAGAUUUACUGGCAAACACUGUGAAGUGGGGAAGCCUGACCCCUGUGCGUCCAGCCCUUGCCUGAACGGAGGCACGUGUUUCCACUACAUCGGCAAGUACAAGUGUGAGUGCACCGCAACCUACAGCGGCCGCCACUGCGAGAUCAGCCGUGGCUCCUCACGUGCACCUGAUGGGGUGGAUUGUGGGCCACCUGCUCGGCCGAAGCAUGCCGACGUGAAGUACUCCUCCACUCUUGCCGGCGCCAUAGCGAUAUACGUGUGCCACCCGGGAUACACCCCUGUGCCCCGCGCUACACAGAGCAUCUGUGGCAAUCAGGGAGCCUGGAGCCAGCCCCCCAUCUGUGAGGAGAUAAACGAGUGUCUAUCGCAGCCCUGUCUGAAUGGGGGGACUUGCAGGGACAGGGUGGCCUCCUUCCUGUGUGAGUGCGAGGAGGGGUUCAGCGGUCCGCGGUGCCAAACCGAUGUGGAUGAGUGUCUCUCAGAGCCCUGUAAACACGGUGGUACCUGCGAGGACCAGCCUGGCUCCUACCUCUGCCAUUGCCCACAGGGAUACAGCGGACUGGACUGUGAGAUUGAGCAGGAGGGGUGUGUGCCCAACCCAUGCCUGAAUGGAGGAGUGUGUCGAGUCUACAGGCGGACCCCACGCUGUGUUUGCAAGGAUGGAUUCUUUGGCGACCGAUGCCAAAUGUUGGACAAUCCAUGUGUACUACAGCCUUGUGGGAACAGGGGCUUCUGCCGUAGCGACAGAAGGGGGAACUACAGUUGUGCCUGCAAAGUGGGACACACGGGCAGAGACUGCGAGAGAGACCUGUUGCCUCCAUCUGGUCUGCGUGUGCUCCGGGUGGAAGAGGACGAGGUGGAGCUGCGCUGGGACCAGCUGGAUACGUCAGACAGCCCUCUGAGCGGUUUCGCUGUGACCUACGCGCCGCUGGGCCGCGGGCCACGCAGGAGCGACUUCCUGGAGCGGCAGCACUCCAGCUAUCUGCUCCAGGGUCUGGAGCCCGGCCUGCUCUACAACAUCUCCACCUUCUCCGUGAGGCGCGGGGCCAACAGCAACGACAUCAGUCAGCCCGCCUUUGCUCUCAUUCGCACACGGCCGCGGAAGGCAGAGCAGCUGCAGGUGGUGAAUGUCUCCUCCUCCCAGUUGUGGCUGCGCUGGCUGCUGCAGGCGGCUCACCAUGCCUCAGUCAGUCAGGUGCGCCUCUCCCUCACCCCCUCUGACGGGAGUGGAGCCCGCACGGCUAUACUCAACACCAGCAUCACAGAGUAUGGCUUUAGUUCCCUGCUUCCAGGUCAAAUGUACACAGUGGAUGUGGUCACUCAGAGUGGUGUAAGACCAGAGGAGCUUCCGUCAACGAGCCACUCUGCUGGACCACUCCUUGUCUGGACAAGGCCUCUUCCACCCCAGAACCUCUCGCUGGGUCACGUGACCGACACCUCAGCUCAGGUCUCAUGGGACCGGCAUCCGCGGAGCGUCCCGGACGGGUUUGUGGUGAACGUGACACGUGGCCUGAACACGAGAAGCCGAUACCUGCCCGACGGGAGACUGGGCAGCUACACACUCCGAGAGCUCAGUCCGGGGCAGCACUACAGAUUGGCCCUGACCGCAGUGCGAAACACAGGGCAGGAACAGGUUCACAGCGUACCCCAGCACUUAGCCUUCACCACCCUGUCGGUGAGGGAGACUCCCAGUGGGCGCCCCACAGGCCGGCACAAACCUCAGGACGUGGGCGUAGCAGAGGACAGGGAGCACUCAGAAGAGCUACCCAGAUACACAGAGUUGAUUGAUGGCAGGGGGAGGAUAAUGGCCAAGUUCACCAACCUGCCAAGGAACGCAAUCAGACACCGCCUGAGACCGGAGCCUCCAGUCAAACUGGAGAAAAUGGAGGAAACCACCAAUAAAAUCAGCUUGGCCUUGGAGAUUGCUGAGGAGGUGACCAAAAAGAAGGCCGAGCUGCCCAGGGACUGCCGCAGCAGCCUGCCCUGUCAGAACGGGGGGACGUGCGUCAAGGGCGGCGACAGCUACAGCUGCGACUGCGCAACGGGCUUCAAGGGCAGACAGUGCGAGCUGUUCUGCCAGAGAGUGCCACACCCAUGCACCCGUCUCUACUCGGAGACAAAGACUGUGCCCGUCUGGGAAGAUGGAGUCUGCCAUUACCUGUACAAGAAAACAUAUAAAGUACAGCAGGAUGUUUGUUACAGAGAGAUUUGUGAGCCUCAGUUGCCAAAGAAAACAAACAGAAGAAUUCAGAGGCAACAAUAGUGGGAGAUUUCUCCAGCUCAGAUCCAGAGAUUUCUGGGUUCUGCAUCCCUAGCCCCCACCUAUGGACUCCUCUGCAUUAACUCUGACUUGUCUGAGGGAUCCCAUCAAGCUUCUGGACACCUGAACUCUCAGACAAUGAUGGGAAGCCCUAGCAAUGCCAAAAACCGUUUGAGACAACACUGAUAUGGAAUCCACACAAAGGGUAGAAAUAAAACUCUGAUGGUGCGCGGAACACUUCACAAGUUGACUGGAUCAGAAGCAUACCUCAAAUGUCCGUGCCGACACAUUUGUAAAGGUACUCUUGUAUGAAGUGGCAAGUUAGCCCCUCAGGGAAAUUUCAAAGUGAUUGCCUGUCCCUAUUCCACAAAAAUGCAAAACAAAGUGCAUCUCAUUACUUACCAUCUAACCAUAUAGAUCUGACGAUUUUGCUUUUCUCAGUGAGCAAGACCACACAUAAAAGAUAUUAUGAAGACUGGAAAUUUAUGUCAGACACCUGUCUCUGUACACCAAACCUCUCUGCUAACUAUCAUUGUAAAUAGUGUUUAUAGGCUGUUUUGUAGGUGAAUAUUUUAAUAAUAAAAAUGUUAAAAUGUGA